AUGAGCAUGGCUGCCCCUCCCCGCCAGAGCCAGACGACCACGAUGACCGCCUUCGCCUCAACCGCGUCACUAUCGUCUCUAGCAAGCACCGCAACAGUAACCCCGCCUAUCAGCGGCCAGGUUGUUGCUACCAGUAACAUUAUCAAUCAAAAAGCCGACGCGUCCAGGUCGUUAUACCAGAUAUGCGUGGCUCUGAAACAGCGGCUCGCCCAAGUACCCAGCUUCGAAGAUCAUAUGCAACAGCUUGAGCAGCUAGAAACCGGCGAGGCCGGUGGCGAUCCCGUGGAGGCAUUAUGGCAGAUGUUCCGAAGCGGCUAUGCUCUGCUUGCCAUAUACAACGCAUUGCAGCCAGAGCAGCCCUUGACUGUGGACGACGAGAAGGGCGACGACAAGAAGAAGUCCAAGAUUGCCAUCUUCAAGUUUAUCAAGGCUUGCAUGAGCGAUCUGCACAUCCCCCCGUCCGAAUGCUUUGUUGUAGGCGAUGUGACCAGAACCGACACGACCGGGUUUGUAAAGGUUACUACCGUGGUAAACCAUGUGCUGGAUUUGGCAAAAGAGCGCGGCCUCCUUCUUCAAGUACAGCCGUAUCCCGAGGAUGAGGGCGCGGUAGAGCCGGGUGGCAAGCUCAGUUACCGCGAUUACGUUGUUCGGGAGCUGGUCGACACAGAGCGCAAAUAUGUUCAGGACCUAGAAAACUUGCAUGACUUGAAAAAGACGCUCGAACAAAGAGGCAUCAUUAAUGGCGACAUUGUCCACCAGAUUUUCCUGAACAUCAACGCCAUCCUCGAUUUCCAGCGGCGCUUCCUUAUUCGAGUCGAGACGACGAAUUCAGUGCCACAGCUGCAACAGCGAUGGGGUCAGACGUUUGUAAUAACGGAAGAAGCUUUUGUUAUUUACCAGCCAUUUAUUGCCAACCAACGGAAGGCUGCGCAAAUUGCACAGUCCCUCUUUGAAAAAAUACAGUCGGCAGAGCAUCCUGUUGCCGUGGAUUUUAACACACUAGACGGCUUCCUUCUGAAGCCCAUGCAGAGAUUGGUAAAAUACCCUCUGCUGCUGAAGGAUCUUCUGAAGAAGAGCGAGGAUGAUGAGGAGAGGGCCGACCUAGAAGCGGGCAUUGCUGCUGCCGAAAGGGUCUUACAUAAUGCCAACAAGGCGGUCGAUCGUGAUUUACUGGACGAAGCGCUGGAUGAUCUUAUGGACCGUGUGGACGACUGGAAGAGCCACCGGGUCGAGCACUUUGGAAAGCUUCUGCUGCACGGCGUCCAUACGGUUGUGACUGGAAAGAGUGACCAGGAGAAGGACUACGAAAUCUACCUGUUUGAGAACAUCCUCCUGUGCUGCAAAGAAAUCGCGCCAAACAAGAGCAAGGAGAAGAGAGACCGGACCAAAUCGACCGGUCCGAAGCUCAGGAACAAGAGCGCGAAGUUGCAGCUUAAGGGACGCAUCUUCAUGAGCAACGUGACGGAGAUUGUGUCACUUUCCAAACCUGGCUCGUACACUGUGCAGAUCUGGUGGAAGGGCGAUCCAGGUGUCGAGAACUUUGUCGUCAAGUUCCAAACGGAGGAGCCGAUGAAAAAGUGGGCAGCUAGGUUGGACGCUCAACGGAAGGUGAAUGCUCCUCGGCCAGACCAGAGUCCCGAGCAGGCAGCGCCGCCCGACUUCGCGUGGAUGAAGACACAGGAUGGCGGCGUCAAUGCGCUCCAGAACCCGUACGCGCAGGAGGAGGAGGAAGAGGAAGAGGAGGAGGACUUGGCGCAGCAACUCAUCCCCCCACAGUUUAACACAUCGAUUCUCCGGGCGCGGUCUGCAACCUCUGACGGCACACAGUCGAUUGUCGGCUUGAUGCGGCAGCCUCCUCCCCGAUUCCCGCUACCAGCUCCCCCGACACCACUGAGUUUGCAGACACAGAUGACAUCUCAACAGGCCCUAGCUUCGUCGCCAAACUUCCGCGGCGGAGAAUCCUACUUCUCGCCUGUUGCAGAAUCGCCGGUGUCGUCCAGAACAAGCACCACGUCAGGCAUGUUUCCUCCCAGCGCAGGCUACAUGUUUUCCAAAUCGGGCACCCCACAGCCGGGUGGAUGGGAAGGCGACGUCAACCGGUACACGGCACCAGCAAUGCCACGGGCCUCUUCUCGAGACGGCCCGUCUCCAUCUAAUGCGUACGGCAUGGUCAACGGACGGAAUCCUCGUGGGCCAUCCAUGCCUGCAAUGCCAAAGGAGCCACAGACACUGACGCAGCUACAACGCAGCCGCAGCUACAGCACCCCAGACAUCAACGGCCAGCAGGCUCGGCGGACACCUGGCGGCAGCCAAGGGAAUAUCCCGGCCGUUCCCGGCAUACCGCAGCAUCUCCAUGCGACGCACGAGAGACACGAUUCGACGAUCCCCAGAUCGAACACUGGCAGCCCUCGAAUCGAUUUGCCGAUGCGGUCCAGUACACAGAGCCCAAGCGUACAGCAAAAUCGGUUGCAGCCACAGCCAGGAGUCUCGUACGGGGCAACGAUGGCCCAAUUCCCAACGCAGCCCAUCUACCCACGACAGACGACUCCCGGUCCGUCCGGCGCGUCGCAGCAGAACGGGACAAACCCACAGCAUGUGCCGACCCCAUUAUCGCUGAACGAGCCGGUUUGGGCACCUGCAUCACCACCGCUGGGAACAGGAAUGUCGCUCGGGAUGAUGGACUCGGACAUGUUGGCACCCACCCAGCUCAAGGUGAAGGUGAACUACGACUCGUCGAACUACAUGACACUGGUGGUGGCUUUCAAUAUCACGUACCAGUCUCUGAUCGACCGCAUAGACGCGAAGCUGGCGCGGUUCACCGACAGCAGCAUUGGUAAGGGCAUGCUGAAGCUCCGGUACCAAGACGAGGACGGCGACUUUGUGAGUAUCGGCAGCGAUGACGACAUCCAGAUAGCGUUUAUGGAAUGGUGCGACGGCUUGAAGAACCAGUACAACGCAGGGGUUAGCGAGAUUGAGCUUUUCUGCGUAUGA